GUAACUAAAAUGGACGGCGACAAUUAGUUUUAGUACAACGUCUUCCGGCUCGGGGUGACGAAAGGGCCGAUUGAGGAAGAACACGCUGAGGCCUGCCUUGGCAUUCUUUCGUCACCUCCGGCGACUCUCGACAGGCGCUCCGUGGUUUCGCCGCAGGGAGGAGGAUCUUUAGCAGUAGAUUAUUUUAGCUGUGAAUGUAAACCCGGCCUCCUUUACUAACGCCAGCGUGAAAACUUGUUGACGGCCAUUUUCUUCACUUCCGCGGGUCGAUUUCGCCGUCCACGCAUGCGCGGCCCGGAGCGCCGGCUGUUUAUUCCUCUGCAGAGACGCCGCUUGGCCCGCUGAGUCCCCCCGGCAUCUCGUCUGCGUGUGGCGCCGGAUUUCCAGCGGCUCCCGAAGCGCGUGUGUUUGGAGCGGAGCCGGUGGUGCCCAGGUCAGGUGACGGGCAUCCGCCGAUGUGAGUGACCAUGGACGAUGAAGCUGACAGUAGCGGCGAUGUCCUGCUGCAGAGGGGCAUAGGAGACAUCAGUUUCUGGGCUGACCGUACACCAAUACAUGAAGCAGUUAAAGAAGGCCACGUGUUUAAGCUGAAGCAAUUAAUUGAAAGUGGGGCCUGUGUGAAUGUGGUUACUGUGGACUCCAUAACCCCACUGCAUGAGGCAAGCCUCCGGGGUCAACUUCAAUGUCUACAGUUGCUGCUUGCUGCUGGAGCAGAGAUCGAAGCCAGAAACAUUGAUGGGAGUACUCCACUUUGUGAUGCCUGUGCUGGUGGUAACACUGAAUGUGUCAAGAUGCUGUUGACCUACGGAGCAAAUGUAAAUCCACUUAAUUUCACCGCAUCACCAUUGCAUGAGGCCUGUAUGAUUGGUAGUGCAGAAUGUAUGAGGCUGCUCAUUGACGUAGGUGCAAACCUAGAGGCUUAUGACUGCCACUUUGGAACCCCAUUACAUGUGGCUUGCGCUGUGCCACACAUUGAUUGUGCAAAGCUUUUGCUUAAUGCAGGGGCAAAUGUGAAUGGUGCUAAACUCCAUGAAACUGCUCUUCAUCUUGCUGCCAAGAUAAAGAAUGCGGAGUUGAUUAAAAUGCUCAUCGACUAUGGAGCCAAUGUAUAUGCACAAGACAAUCGAGGGCGGAUACCUUUGGAGUACACUUAUUCCGGAUCCCCAUCAGCAGAGUGCCUCAAGUAUUACCAGAGUACACCAAUGAGCUUGGCACAUCACUGCAGACUGACCCUGAGGAAGAGUCUUGGUCCUCGAAGGUUGCAAGAUAUCCACCAGCUAAACAUUGCCCCAAGACUCAUCGACUACCUUUGCUACAACUGAAUACAAAAUAUUAAGACAUCUCAAAAAAAAAAUGGACAAACACUAUUGAGAAUUAAAUGUCACUUCGGUACUUGCUUUGUUUGGAAAGACAUUGAAUGCUUGUGGAAGUAUCCAAAGUUCUGGGCAAAGAAUGAGACCAUUUGGUCCAUCCUGUUCGUGUCAGUUGUAUGAAGGAUCUCCCACUGAGCUGCUUACAGGAUGCACUGAGCUGAUUAGAGAUCUCUUAUCUCCUUCCAACACCACUUCACAUCUGUCUCCACGUACCAGCACCUCAAGAGUUAAAAUGUUAUUACUGUUUUAUGUUGCUGAGAGUUUUCCAGGCAGCAGAAGAAAGUAUCUUAACCUCUGGCAGGUUAAUAUAUUUAAAUCUGGCAUCUAUAAUUUAAGAAUUUUAAAAACUUGUCACCAUUGAAGUCUGUGUGCACUUUUUGCUCUCUUGACAGUAUGGAGUCUGUCAAAUAAACUGGGGCCUGGGAAUGCUCACUGCAGACAAUAUAUAAACAGAGUUUUCUUAAGUAAUAGCAAAGCAAACAAAGUCUAUUUAGGGAAUCUAUUUAUAAAGAGUCUGAUGCAUUCUGAGUCUGUAACUUGCCCUGCUUAAGUACAUAGUGAUCCUUCUCUGGCAAAUUACAGUGAGUGGUACUCCUAGGCACUCUGAAAUGAAUGUAGAACUGUACAGCAGAGUUACAUGCUCUUCAAAGUCAAAGUAAAUUAAUUAUCAAAGUACAUAUAUAUGUCACCUUAUACUACCUUGAAAUUCAUUUCCUUGCAGGCAUUUACAGGAAAUAUAAAGAAAUACAAUUGAAAUCUAUGAAAAUACGUACUUAAAGACAAAAGAAGACAAAUAGUGAAAAUAUUAAAAAAUACGGAGAACAUGAGUUGUAAAAGAGUCUUUGAAAUUGAAUCUGUAGGUCGUAGAAUCAGUUUGGAGUUGUGAGUGAAGUUGACCACGCUGAUGUUGUAGGGUAAAAACCGUUCCUGAAUCUGGUGGUGUGGGACCUAAGGAUUCUGUACCUCCUGCCUGAUGGUAGUAGUGAGAAGAGAGCAUGGCCUGGAUGACAGUGGUCUUUGACGAUGGAUGCUGCUUUUCUUGUGGCAGCGCUCUCUGUAAAUGUACUCAGUGGUGGGGAGGGAUGUAUUGGAUUGGGUUGUAGCCGCCCACCUUAUCUGUGUUAACCAUGUAUCCCAUCUGCCUGCAUGUGAUCUCUGUCCCUCAGUUCUCCUGUCUGUUCAUGUGUCUGAAAGUCUCUUAAGCGUUGCCAUCGUAUCUGCUUCCACCACCUCCCUUGCCAGUAUGUUCCAGGCACCUACCACUCCUGUAAAAAGGUUUGCCUCGUAUAUCUCCUUUAACCUUCCCCCCCUUCCUUUAAGACUGUGUAUGCCCGGUAGUAUUUGACAUUUCCACCCCGCGAGAAAGAUUCUAUCUACUCUGCCUAUCCCUCUCACAAUUUUGUAAACAAAUAUCAGGUUGCCCCUGAGUUUCCAGUGCUCCAGAGAAAACAAUUCAUGUUUUCCCAACCUUUCUAAUCGAGGCAACACCCUGAUGAACCUCCUCUGCACCCUCUUCAAAGUCUCCACAUUCUUCCUGUAAUGCAAUCAUCAGAACUGCUCCAAAUGCAGCCAAGGCAAAGUUAUACAACUACAACAUGACCCAGCUUAUAUACUCAACUCCCUGACCACUGAAAGCAAGCUUGGUGUAUGACUUCUCUACCAGCCUAUCAAGGAUCUCUGUGGAACACCACUGCUCACAAAGCUCCUGGGUGUUGACAUCUCAGAAGACCAAGACCUAUUCUGAACCCAGCAUAUUGAUGCAAUUAUGAAGAGGGCACACCAGCAGCUAUAUUUCAUUAGGAGUUUGAAGAGAUUUGGUAUGUCACCAAAGACCCUAGCAAGUUUUUGCAGAUGUUCCGUGGAGAGCACUUGAACUGGUUGCAUCACCAUCUGGCACGGAGGGGCCACUGCACAGGAUUGAAAAAAUCUGCAUAAGGAUUUAAACUCAACCGGGUCCAUCAUGGACACUAACUUCCCCACCAUUGAGAACAUCAUCAAAGGGCAAUGCCACAUAAAGGCAGCAUCCGUCAUUAAGGAUCCCUACCAUCCAGGAUGUGUCCUUUUCUCACUGCUACCAUUAGAGAAGAGGUACCGAAGCCUGAAGACACAGCUCAAUGUUUUAAGAACAGCUUCUCCCCCUUCGUCAUGAUAUUUCUGAAUGCACAAUGAACCCAUGAACACUACCUCACUAUUUUUGGUCUCUUUGUAUUAUUUAGUAAUUUAUGUUUAAGUUGUAUUUAUUUAUUACAGGUAAUAGUAUAUUAUAUGUAUUGCACUGUACCGCUACCACAGAACAAAUUUUGCGACAUAUAUCAAUGAAAAUAAACUUGAUACUGGUUCUAAUUCAAUCAGAAUAAUAACCCUCCAUCACUUCCUUCUGUCUUCUAUGGCCAAACCAAUUUUGAAUCCAGUCUACCAAGUCACACAUUUGCCCUUUGAAAGUAAGGACAGUGUGUGACAAGAAGGGAAACAUUUGAACAAUGGUGAUCUCACACCAGCUGAGGUGUUAAAAUCUGAGAGGCUGGGAAAUUUGAUUAGAGCUGCUAUGGUAUUCCUUGUAUAAUUCCAAGCAGCUCCUUUUUGGGGAACUCUCUGCUGGAAGAUGCUCACUUGAGGGCAGAAGAAACAUUACAAAGACACACUAAAGGCCUCCCUAAAGUCAUUUGACAUAGACACGACCUCUUGGGAAACGCUGGCACAAAAACGCCCUACCUGGCGCGGCCUCACCCACAAGGGCUGUCAAGCUUACGAAGCAAAGCGCAUUGCUGAAGCAGAAUGUAAGCACGAGCUGCACAAGUCCAGAGCCACCAGCGCGACAACUGCAGUGCCCACACAGGUCUGCCCAACGUGUACCAGGAUAUUCCGUGCCCGAAUUGGCCUGACCAGUCAUCUUCGGACACACCGCAUCCAGUCUCAAAGUGACUAAUGGUGUCGAGGUCUUCAUCGGCGACGAUGGACGAACCACAAUAAUUCCCAAACCGGACCCUUUUUGUCCAUAAGACAUAGCAGCAGAAUUAGGCCAUUCGGCCCAUCAAGACUGAUUUAAUUUCCCUCUCAACAACUCCUGCUAUCUCUGAACAACCUUUCACACCCUUUCUAGUUAAUUACCUAUCAACCUCCACUUUAAAUAUUUUCACUGACUUGGCCUCCUCAGACUGGCAAUACCUUCCACAGAUUCCCCACACUCUGGUUAAAGAAAUUCCUCCUCUGUUCUAAAGGGACAUCCUUCUACUCUGAGGCUGUGCCCUUUGGUCUGAGACUCUCCCACUAUUGGAAAUGUCCUCUACAUGUCCACUCUGAUUAGGCCUUUCAAUAUUCAGUAUGUAAGUUCCUUGCAAACAACCCUGGGUGCAUCCUUCAGCAAUGAAAUGAUAGUUUAAUUGAAGUGAUUAAUAAAUUAGUUGGGUAGCAGAAGAUAUCCAGGUUGGCGAUGGAGUUGCACAAGCUGUAGUAUCACUGCAUGGAUCUUAGAAUGGUGUAUUUGCUGCAUGGAUCUUAGAAUGAUCUACUUAGUAAGGUAGCAGAGUCUUGUAUCCACAGCUGAUUACUGGGAUAGUGUUACAAAAGGAAGGAGAUUAGAUAUGAUGCAAGUCAUCUUUGGGUUUUUUUGUUGAAAUUGGAAGUGUUCAGGAUGCCUGUUGACUGUGGCUAGCCAA